AUGUCUGAAUCCUUUGCCCUUCUCCGCCGGCGCCGCAGCGAUGAGCUCGCCAAACUUGCCGAUCAGCAUCUACAGCACGACCUCCAGGCUGACGACCGGGAUGUGCUCAAGUCGGCUGCCUCGACUGUUUCCUUGUGGACUACAGUUGGAUCUGCAGUAGGCCUUGGACUUGGAUUGUAUGCUGCGAUUCGACUACGAAGCAAUCGCAAGGCUUUCUUUGCCGCUAUUCGAGCGCAGGAAAGACCAACCAAGGUCGUUUUCGCAGAUGGACGCACCGAGCCUAUUCCCGAUUUGACACCACUGCUCAAGCCCACAACUCUUGGAGAUGUUGCAACCUAUUUCUUUGCCUCGUUCGGUGGUCUCUUCUUGGGCGGUGAACUCGGCUUUGCGGGUGGAGCGGCUAGUGGAAGCCGUAGUAUCACAGCUGAUCCGGAACGGAAAAGGCGCAUUGAGAGUGCUUUCAGAAGGUUCAGAGCUGAUGUCCUUCGAAGGGAGGCGGACUCUCUAGAUAAGGGCGCAAAUGUUUCUGAAAUGAUGUUCUAA